UCUGUAAGGUCAGAGGUCGUAACAUGAAAUUAUGUUGUACGGAUGAAAGGAUCUUUAUUCAUUUGAUAUGUUAUACACUUAAAUUGCUUGAAGAAUAUCAGAAGAAUAUAAACUUUUGUGCAUUUAACAGUCUUUGUUUAAAAACGGAAAAUGUCUAAUGGGGAAAUAAGUCCGCGAGAAACUUUGACAAAUGGAGACCUGAACGAAUCUGAAUUAAGUUCAGAAAAUGGAAGCACCGACAAAGAUAUGGACGAUGUUAGCAGGGAAAAGUUAGACCCAGCUGACAGAGAAUUGUAUGAAAAGAUGAAGAAACAGGAAAGAGAAGAAAGAAUUGAAAUAGAAAGAGAACUUAAAAGAGCUCAUGAAGAAGCUAUAUUACGGCGACGACACGAAGAACUCCGUGUUAAAGAUUUGAGGUUGCAUGGCGAGAGGAGGCACUCCGAAGACAGAGGAGAAGAUUUGAGAAUAAAUAAACACCAUGAAGAAUUAAGAGCCCUCCGUGACAGCCACUUGCUUAAAUCAGAAAGUGAUCCUAGACUGGACCUUUUGAAUCAAGCCUAUUUGGAAAGAUACAGAAACAACAUUUCUCCUAUGAGUGCUACAUCAAUUAGCCCGACCAAUGUUGACGGACCGUCUCACCACUGGACUUUUGAGGAACAGUUUAAACAACUUUAUGAACUGAGUGAUGAACCUAAGAGACGAGAAUUUCUAGAUGAUCUUUUCCAGUUUAUGCAGAAAAGAGGAACACCAGUCAACAGAAUACCAAUCAUGGCAAAGCAGACUCUUGAUUUAUAUGAAUUAUUCCGAUUGGUUGUUUCAAAAGGUGGAUUAGUAGAAGUUAUCAACAAAAAACUCUGGAGAGAGAUAACAAAGGGACUUAAUCUACCAUCAUCUAUUACUAGUGCUGCAUUUACUCUCAGAACCCAGUACAUGAAAUACUUAUACCCAUAUGAAUGUGAGAAGUUGAAGUUGAGUUCCCCACAAGAACUACAAGCAGCCAUUGAUGGUAACAGAAGAGAGGGUAGGCGUUCUAGUUAUGGGUAUGAUCUCUCUCCCGGCCCUACACUUAUACCUACAGCACAUCACCCAGCACUUAAUGGUGGUCUAAUGAAUGGAAAGUUUGGACCAGGGUCAUCUGAUCAUCGCACACCACUCACUAGUUUACAAAGAAUUUGGCAAGCUCAACAAAUAGAUCGGCAGUCACCUUUAACCAGUUUACAAAGACUUUGGCAAAUUCAAGCUCAGCAACUAGCAGCUGGUGAGGAAGAAGACAGUAUUCCACCAGCACAUCCACACCACAGAGCUCUAGCAGAACAUUUUACCGAGCGUGAUGCUAUUGCCAUGGAAGCAGCCUCACGGGUAAUGGAACAUGCAACAAGGAAAAUGGAAGAGGCAUCACGGGCAGCAGCAAUGGUAGCGGAGGAACCUCCACGUAAAAGAUUACUGACUACUGAAGAAGAGCGUCUGAUCUCACAUGUGGGCAUGCCCAGUACACAUAUAAAAAUAACAAGUAGGAAUGAUGGUAGAUCAGACAUAGAUAAUUCAUUGGUAGUCAGCAUGGAAAUUAAUGGCAUCAUGUAUCAAGGAGUUUUAUUUGCCCACAAUCCUAGGCGGCUGUAACUUAGCAACAUGGACUACCAUUUUAUUUUAAAAUGACCAAUCAGUUACCUUGCCAUGACAAGAUUUUUCAAUUAGAUCUGGUUGACAUUUGUCCUGACCAAUCAAAAUCAAAUAUAGACUUGCCAUGACAAUAUUAUACACUGAUGAUGAUUGGUUGACAUGCAGGUCACAUGAUCUGACUUAUUAUGAUUGAUGGGGCCAACCAAUAUGACCCAUGAAAAACUUGGAUGGAGCUGACCAUGACUCAGAAUUGUAUGGACAGAGGUCUGAUACAUCAAACCACUGCCAGUUAUAUCUUGAAUCAAGAUAAAAAGCAGACAUUGACUGUUUGAUAAUUUUUUGACAUUUGAAUGUUUUUAAAUUAUGAAUACCUGUAUGUGAGAACAAAGUUAAAGCUGUAAAAAUAGUGCCAUUUUUUAUUUUACAAAUUUUGCUCUAUUAUCUUCACUCACAUAUUUGUUUUACACAAGACAAUAUUUCAUGUUAUAAUUAAAAAUAUUUCUGUGGUAUGAUAUAGAAGUGAUGAAUGCAAUUAGAUGUUUGAUGUAAAAUAUGAGGACCAAAUUGUAGUGUUUGGAGGGUGCAUGUUGUAUGGGAUAUGUAUGAGCAGUGUGUCAUUCAACACUGAAAAUGACUCAGAUUGAUUUUUUUCAAAAACAUUGAUGUGGAAAAUGCAAAAGUAAUAAGUAUUAUCAUUUCAUAUCAAUUGAAAUGACUUUUUUUUGCUUAAAAGUAAUAUGUUGUUUAAUGUUAAUAUAGGGGUAAGGUUUCUAGGGUUUGGGAUUUAGUUGCCAUAGCUUAUGUGGGAGGGUUUAUUAAUAUUAGAUAUAGAGAUUUAUGUGUUCAGAAUAUUAGUUAUCUUGUGCUCAAAUGUUGCAAUAUUUAUUUCUGUUGUAUCGUACAAUACUCAUUAUAUGCAUAUUUCAACACAAAUAUUGAAUAAGUGCAAGAUUUCAAUAUAUCAUAAAAAAAUAUGAUAUGAUUUCCAUGAGACCAAGACAUGAUGGUGGAAAAAGCUUCAUCAGAAUAGAUGAAGUUUUUCAUUUGUAUAAAAUUUCACUUCAUAUUUCAAGGUCAAUAAACACCAAGACUGAAAACUUAAAGCUCCAAUUUUUAUAAUUCUAUAUAACUUAUACAUAACAAAGAGUAAAACAAACAUUGAUACAGUAUUAAUAUUUUCUGGCAACAUUGGAUUUUUUCACCAUAAAUAUUUCAAAACAAGUUAUUUUAUAUUUUUGUAAAGUUUAAAAAAACUAAGUUGGUUAUCCUUAUUUGGUAUUACAUUUUACUUUGGAUACCAAAUUUUGUAUGGCUUUAGACCUGUUAUCCUAAUGCUUGCAAGUUAAAGGUCUGGUUGGCAUGCUCGCUUUGUUUGUAUUAAUGUUUUCUUAAGCAUUGUUACUUAGAUUGACAUCUGAAAACAAUGUAAAAGACAGAGUUAAACUUGUCAACAUUAUAAAUAAAUCUGAUAGAACAUUAUUAAAUAAUCCCAUUUUUAACACGUUUUACUUAAAUUUUAAACCAAACCUUUAACUUGCUAGCAUUAUGAUAGCAUCUUUAAUACUUAUUGAACUCAUCUGCAUAUGACAAGAAAAUGAUAUAUGCAACAUUUCUUUUUCCAAAGAUAGAAUGCACAUCAAAGUGCAAUUAAAAGGAAUUUUGUUCACUGAAAUUUAAAUAGUAAGCUAAUAGAUAAAUACAUAAAUAGUUCUAACACCAAUGUAUAUUUUGUUAAUCUCUUACAAAUGUUUAAAAGUUCUAUUGAUUAUAAAAAUAAUAAUAUAAUUUUUCUUUGGACCAUGUCGUUGUUUACACCGUUUUCAUUUACAUGUUAAUUUAACUUGUUUUAAAGUGCAAUGAUAUUAUUUCAACUUGAAGAAACAAUUUAUAUACCAAUAGUGCUAUUUAAUUUUUUAAACCUUUUCCUUUUAUUUUUUUAAAUAAUGAUCAAUGUUAUUGCAUUUAUAGGAUUUUGAGUUUUGUUAAUUUGAUAUUCUGUUUUAUAAACAGCUGUGCAAGAGUCUUGCCCAGAAUAGUCUAGUAGGAUUUUUUUUAUUUGAAUUGGUGGAAAUGAAGUAUUUAUUUUAGAUUAGCCAUGACAAUGUCAGAUUAGUUUUUAUUUAGCUGACAAAAUAUUGUAAAUCUAAAGAAUAAAGAAAACUGAACAGAAAGUACGGACCCACAACUGUUUUUAUCAAUACUUUGCUUAUCAUGUUACAUUUUCCCAGUAGUUUCUGGAAAUAAUGGCAUAUAAUUGCAUGUCAUUUUUCUUUGGUUACUGCAACUAGUAUAGUUUAUACAAAUCCACUCUAACCACAAAUCAUAGGACAUAUUAAGCAUCAAAAUGACUAUCGGAUUAACCCAUACUCUUGAGUUACUUCAGUGGAUGCAUUCAACUGUUUUGCAUUCAAAAGAAAUUAUUUUAUAUUUAAGCUACUGAGUAGUUUAUGAUGAGUACAUUGUAUUUUUAAUUGUUGUCUGUAUUUUAAGUGAUAGUCCCAUUUUGUAAUAACAAUACCUCAUAAGUAAAUGUACAUAUCUAUAACAAAACUGAGGUGUUUAUAUAUGAUUCAAGACUAUUGAAAGUGCAUAAUAUUUUUGUUUUGUGAUCUUUAUGUUUAUUAUUAAAAUGUCAUUUUAUUACAGAAUAAAUUAUCUUUAAAACUU